UAUGACUCAUCUGUGCUACAUUUGUUUUGUAUACACAGUGUUGGGCGGCAAUGACAGAGAAUCAAAAUAAUGUUUUUUCUACAUUUUUUCAGUUAUUGUGAUACACCCGAAUUGUGUACAAUCAAUGAAUGUAUAGAAAAAGGAUAUUCAUAGCAGCGGAUGGCGUCACAGCAGGCUGAGAAGGUCAGCUCAAAUGCUGAUGGCAGCGACUCCUUUAAACGACAAGGAUCAUUCAGGAAGGUGCUACCAUCAGAUCCUAGUGCAGAUUCUCAACUCAGCAUGUCAGCAAAAAUGAUUGACAGGCCUAUUAUAAACAGCGGCAAUCAAAAGGUGUACAGUCAGUUUCAACAGGAGUACUGCAUUAUAUCUGAAUACAACAUGCUAAGAAAACAAGAUUUGCCUGGUGUUUACGUCAUUCCAUCUGCUCGGAGCUCACUCUUGUGGUUUGGGGUCCUGUUCGUCAGGCAGGGGAUGUACCAGGGUGGAGUAUUUAGAUUCACAUUACAUCUUCCAGAGACCUUCCCAGAUGGUGGUUUUCCUAGAAUUGUGUUCCAGUCCAAGAUAUUCCAUCCAAUGAUCAGCAAUGAAACAGGUGAAAUAGACAUCAGAAGUGGAUUCACAGAAUGGUGUAAAAAUGUAAAUCACAUAUGGCAGGUACUUCAGCACACCUGGCGAGCUUUCUACAAGGUGGAAAGUAAAAUACCAUUAAAUGUAGAAGCAUCUGAACUUUACUCAAAAAAUCCAACAGCUUUCCAAGAAAGAGUUCAGGAAUGUGUGAAAGAAAGCCAGGCACAUGUUUAUGACCCACCACCGACAGAUGAUUUGCAUUACAUUUGCUUUGAGCCAUAUGAUCAUGAAGUGCAUGGACCAGUCCGAGAGUCCAUCAUUAGAAUGAAGGAGAAUAACAAUGAGAAUCGGUCUGGUGGACUGUCAUGGGUGCAGCCAGGUUCGCUUCAGCCUUUUUCGAAGCCAGAUUCUUGAUAUUUGUAUGAAAUAGAUACUUCUGAAAAAUCAGAAUCUAAAAUGUUUUAUAGGUGAGGAUUUUUGGAAGUUAUGUCUUGUAAUUGUUAACCAGUUUUAAAAAUUAUUUAUAUUGUAAUAAGGAUAAAAUAAUUUUUGUAUUGUGGAAUUUGGGGUUUUAUAAAAACAAAGUUUUCGUACAUUUAUUAAGAAAGGUAAACAUUCAAUUGGUGGUAUGUAUACAGUCUGAUGCCAGUUCUGUGGUUUUCUUGUGCUGGUAUGGACUGUCUCCUGAAGCAUAAUUUUGAACAAAUGUAAAGUUAUUCUUUUAAAACAACAUUACAUUUUAAUGUACCCUGCGAGUGAUACACAAAUAACAUGUUGUUAUUUAUAGUUAAUAUUCUUCUUGUGUGUGCAAAGCUGUGUGUGUUAGGGGAUGUAUGAUCUAAGCAAUAACAUUUGUUGGUCUUCCAUUGUACAGUUAAUCAACCAUAGUUGUGUCUUACGUGUUUAUAGUUAAGUUUGAGUGUACCUCUGUGCUUCAGCCAUGAGAAUUUGUAUUUUAUGAUGUUGAUAAUACCAUUGGUGACUAACACGCACAAUGUACAGUGUAUAAUGUAUUAUUUGAGGUUCACACUGUUACCAUUUUCUGUAUAAUAUCAGUUAAUGAAAUCUUUUGUGUGCUAUAAAUUGCUGUGGAGAGUUGUAAAGACAUUUCAUCACCAUGGUUGAAAGUUCUUUAUCCCCCAGUUGACAUUUGUGAAAAUCUGUUUUUAGUAAGCCCCUGUAUUUGAUGCUGUGAACUAGAUGACGAAUCUUGAUUGCUCAGGGAGCCAAGAUACAUCAGAAAUGCCAAAUUUUCAGUCCUUCAUAGAAGUGUCAAGAACAGCAGAAUUUAAACAACUUUUGUGAUUCGUAAGUUUUGUAGAAAUAAUAUUAAUGAAAAAGGAUAGUAUUUGUCAGUUUACAGAAGGUAUACAAUAAUUUAGUACAAAAAUAUCUGGUGCAGAGGAGUUGCAUAGAUUACAAUGAAGACUGUGUUUUCUUCUGAAGCAAUACUCCAGAAGUAAUGAAACUGUUAUCAGUAUUACUGUUAACCAAAAUACACGAAAUACAUUAUUUAUUUGAUCAGAAAUUUCAUUUUUGUUGGUGUCAGUGUUUCUAUGUCCUAUAGUGAUAACUCGGUAUAUUUUAUUAAAUGGCAACUACAGUAUAUAUGAGUUGCUAAAAGAUUGUAUUGUACUAGUAUGUUGGUUGUGUGAAAUGAAGUUUCAAAGUUCCUGCUUUGUACUUUUAAAUGCUUCAUGUACAAAGCAACAUUGUAAUUUAAAUCAAACUUUAUGAUAUCAUCACAAAGCUUUGUGAUCUAAGUAUUGGGGACUGUAACUCAGUUUUGGCAUGAAUGCCCAAAACAAUACAAUUUACUGAGAACUAUGUCUUUUCAGUUGCUAUCUUGUCUAACUCUGUGACUGCUGCCUAGACAUUUUAAGCUAAGAGAUAAAACAAUUAUUGUACUACAUUGCAAAUAAGUGAACAGUAAAUCCAGCACAUUGCUGCCAUUA